GACAGGCCCACCAGCCUGGCAUGCACGGCUCAAGGGACGGAGGGACAGCCACCCGCUGCCUGUUCCCUGGGCAGGGGAAGAAGAAAAGGCAGGGAUGAGGCGGCUGGCGCUCCCCUUCUCCUUUAUUUAACAGCUUGUCACAGCUUAUUUGUCACACUCAGCAGCGUGCGCGGCGCUCCCCUCCCAUCGCUGCGGACACCAGCGCGGCCCCGGGGCAGACACAAGCCGGGAACUGCCCCUCUGCUCCGUCCCGGGCCACAAAAAGGAGCCGUGCAAAACCCACCCACCGGCCCGUCCCAGGAAGUGACGGCAGCCCGGUCCCCCCCCGGCACACCUGAGUCACCUGGGCGGGCGCACGGGCGCUGCGCUGCGCUCCGCGGGGCCGGGCGGUGUCCGGGCACGGCAGGGCCAUGGCGAGGGACAGCGGCUCCCCCUGGGCCAUGGGGCUGCUGAAAACCUUCGAGGAGAGCGAGUUCAGCAGCUGGGAGAAGAUCGGCUCCGGGGGGUUCGGGCAGGUGUAUAAGGUGCGGCACCUCCACUGGAAGACCUGGCUCGCCAUCAAGUGUUCGCCCAGCCUCCAUGUGGAUGAGAAGGAGCGCAUGGAGUUACUGGAAGAAGCCAGGAAGAUGGAAAUGGCAAAAUUUCGCUACAUCCUUCCUGUCUAUGGCAUCUGCAGAGAGCCAGUGGGCCUGGUGAUGGAAUACAUGGAAACGGGGUCCCUGGAGAAGCUCCUGGCCUCCGAGCCCCUGCCCUGGGAGCUGCGCUUCCGCAUCAUCCAUGAGACAGCCGUGGGCAUGAACUUCCUGCACUGCAUGUCCCCUCCCCUGCUCCAUCUGGACCUCAAGCCUGCCAACAUCCUGCUGGAUGCCCACUACCACGUCAAGAUUUCUGACUUUGGGCUUGCAAAGUGCAAUGGCAUGUCCCAUUCCCAUGACAUCAGCAUGGAUGGCUUGUGUGGCACGAUUGCCUAUCUUCCUCCAGAGCGCAUCAAGGAGAAAAACAGGUGUUUUGACACCAAGCAUGAUGUGUACAGCUUUUCCAUCGUGGUUUGGGGAGUUCUUACACAGAAGAAACCUUUUGCAGAGGAAAACAACAUUUUACAUAUUAUGGUAAAAGUAGUUAAAGGGCACCGCCCAGAGCUACCUGCUGUUUCCAAAUCCAGACCUCAUUCAUGUAAUAACUUGAUCAAACUGAUGCAAAAAUGUUGGCAAGAUGAUCCUGGUGAACGGCCAACAUUUCAAGAAAUCACUGCAGAAACAGAGGCCCUUUGUGAAAAACCAGAAGAUGAAACAAAAGAGAUGAUAACUCAGGACCUGGACACCAAGAAUGCCCCAGAGCAGCAGCCUGAGGGGAUUUGUGCACUAUCCCAGAAGAAACAGGAGCCUGCUCUGCCAUCAGUUAAGGAUUACAGUCUCUCAGAGCUGCUGUCCCAGUUGGAUUCAGGGAUUUCACAGACUAUGGAAGGCCCUGAGGAUCUCAGCCGCAGCUCUUCUGAGUCCAAACUUGCCUCCAGUGACAAGCGGCUUUCAGGAGUUUCAUCUGUAGAUUCAGCUUUUUCAUCCAGAGGAUCCCUUUCCCUUUCCUUUGAACGGGAGAGUUCAGAUAUUGGUACUACAGACAUACAGAAGAGGAAGCUAACGGAGGCGAUUUUAUCUGGAGAUACCAGCAAGCUGAUGAAGAUCCUCCAGCCUCAAGAUGUUGACAUUGUUCUAGAUGGGAACUCCAGUCUUCUGCACUUGGCUGUUGAAGCAGGUCAAGAAGAAUGUGUCAAAUGGCUCCUGCUGUACAACGCUAACCCUAACCUCACCAACAAGAAGGGGUCCACCCCUCUUCACAUAGCCAUCGAGAAGAAAUUUAAAAGCAUCGUGGAACUGAUUAUGGCCAGGAAAAUCAACGUCAACGCCAAAGAUGAGGACCAGUGGACCGCUCUUCACUUUGCUGCCCAGAACGGGGAUGACUUCAGCACCAAAAUGCUGCUGGAUAAGAACGCGUCCUUAAACGAGGUGGAUUUUGAGGGCAGAGCCCCCAUCCACAUAGCCUGCCAGUACGGCCAGGAGAACAUCGUGCGCAUCCUGCUGCGAAGAGGCGUCAACGUGAACAUCAAGGGCAAGGACGACUGGGUGCCCCUUCACUACGCCGCCUGGCAGGGCCACCUCCCCAUCGUGAAGCUGCUGGCCAAGCAGCGCGGCGCCGACGUCAACGUGCAGACCGUGGACGGGAGGACCUCGCUGCACCUGGCUGCCCAGCGGGGUCACUACCGCGUGGCCCGCCUCCUCAUUGACCUGGAGUCGGACGUCAACGUCCGGAACGGGCUCCUGCAGACUGCUCUGCACAUCGCCGCCGAAACCGGCCACACCAGCACCUCCAGGCUGCUCCUCAAGCACGGGGCAGACAUGGAGGCCGCCACGGCAGAAGGAUACACGGCCCUGCACCUGGCAUCGCGCAGCGGCCACUUAGCCACAACAAAGCUGCUGAUGGAUGAAAGGGCCAGCGUUCUAGCCAGAGGCCCUUUAAACAGGACAGCGCUGCACCUUGCUGCGGAAAACGGGCACUCUGAAGUAGUAGAAGAACUUGUCAGUGCAGAAAAUAUCAACAUUUCUGACAGCGAGGGGUUCACAGCUCUUCACCUGGCUGCGCGAGGGGGGCACGCGAAAGCAGUGGAGGUUCUCCUGAAGCACGGGGCCCACACUGACAUGCCGAGACCCAAGUGUCAGACCCUGCUCCCGCCUGCUCAGCACAGCAGGAAUAGCUCCCUUACGGUGUUGUUAAGUGACACUUAAGCAAAAGGUGCCCCGUGGUGCUUUUUUACCUGGUGUGAGGAGGCUGCUGGAGCUCAGGGCCUUCUCCAGCUGAGCAGGGAUGUGCUCACCAGCGGUGGCAGCCGAUGGACUGAGGUGUUUGAGUGGGACUGAGGCCAGGUGCAAGGCCAAGAGCUGGAGUCUGCCGUGGUCUGUGUCACUCAUUCCAUGCCUGCCCACCCUGCCUGGAUCAGGACAUUCCCCUCCCCAAGGACGUUGUGAGAGAAGGAUGCAACUUGCGUGUUCCCCCUGCUUUUUUUUUUUUUUUUUUUCUUAUGUGCUAAACUAAUUUAAGAACUAACAUUAUGCUUUUUUUUUUUUAUUUUCAUCAAAACAAAAAGAAAAAAAAAAGAUGGCAUAGAUUCGUGGUUCAUUGCAGCGAUUGAUAUUUUGGGCUGAAAGCCUCCAGUGCAGAACAAGCACAACAGCAGUCUGCUGGAAAUUAAUGCAGGAGUUGAGGAAAGGGCUGUAUAAGGUACAGUUAAUCAUGUUUCUGCUAUGCUUUUUAAUGGAGACAUUGAUUACAGAUUUCCACGUACUCAAAGUUUAUGAGGCAGACUUAAUAACAAGGCAGGAUUCCAAAAAGAAUAGGCAGAAGUAAAAGCUUAACACUGUCUUCGUGUACAGUACUCCCUUGUAUGUAUCCUGAGAUCAGUAAACUGGACUACAUGCUUAGUGGUUUGUCUUAAAUGAGCAAGUCAGGAGCUGAAACUCGUGCUGGACUGGAACUGGAUGGUCUGUUCUAACACCGUUGUACCAAUUUGUAAAACUGUUUGGAGGGGUUGAUGACUGGAACUGAUAUACUGUGUAUAUAGGAUUUCUACCUGUUGUAUGCUUUUUUUUCUACUGAAGAAAAUAGAUUGCUUAGAGUGGGUAUGUUUUAAUACACCUUUUAAUGUCACCCUUUUCAAAGUACAAAUGUUGCCUGUUAUUAAUAAAAAAUUGUG